CGUCAAAUUUUCCCGUUUUACAUAACGCAAUGCAAUAAAUACGGUUCCGAUUUGUGCGCAGGAAAUCGUCAGGAAUUUGUGGCUUAUUUUGCAAACUCUUUGCUGGAACCGACAGGCUAAUCACCCGAAAAACGAACCAUGCUGAGUUCCCUAUCCGGAAGAGUCUCCGGGCUCUCCUUCGACCUAGCUCAUAGCCUUUUACGAAACACUGCCAUUCGCGCCUCAUCCAACUGGACCACUAUCAGCACAGUCAAGACAGAUCGAUACCCAUUGAAAGUGACCUCGUCGCUAGUUCUCCGUCAGGCGCAAUACUCCAGCAGUUCGCCGAAUACAUUUCCAGCGCAUGCACCAGCCACCGAUGAGGGAAAGGAAGGCUUCUUCAAGCGCUUCAUCAAAAAGAUGGGUUGGCUGGACAACUCCCGUGUUCGGCUGCGGAUGUCCAGUUGUAUCCUGUACGAAUCGGUUGCGGACAGUGUCGACUACAAUGAGUUCUUCACCUAUUUCGAAAUGCCGGAUACCUUCAACACCUGGUUCCUGAUCACGGAGCUGCACGUGUGGAUGCUGCUGGUUCGCUCCAUGGCCGAGGGCGCCGAGAAGGACGACGCCGGACGGUUCCUGCGCAAUUGCAUUGUGGAGGCCAUGUGGAACGACGUAACGACCCGAGCGAAGCAACUGUCGGCGCACAAUCCGUCGGUGGUGCGGCCGCAAAUACAGCUGCUGUCGGAACAGUUCCAGGCGGCGCUGCUUGCCUACGACGAGGGAAUUAGCUUCGAUGAUAAGGCUCUGGCUUCGGCACUGUGGAGACGGUUCUUCUCCGGUCACUGCAAGGAUUAUGAGAAGCUCGAGGUGCUGGUGAAGUACGUGAGAAAACAGGUUGCCAUGUUGGACGAGACAAAUCGCUAUGAUUUUGCUAUAAAGCCAAAGAUAAAGUGGUUACCGUUGUUUGAAAAACCAUCUGCUUAGAGCUUUUGAAAGGCGUGUAAAUAAAUACAUAUGAUAACAUCA